ACAAAUCAAAAUGAACUUAGACCGUAAACUAGCUACCACAAUCCACAUAGGUAAUAUGGCAUUGUCCACUUACAAACAUUAUGUGUGGGUGUGGGUCAUUUGGAUUGUACAAUUUGGGUAAGAAAGUGUAGUACUAGUGGAGCUAACUCAUUCACAAUUAUGACUUCUCUUCAUUGAAUGAAGGAGAGCCUCUCUACAUCAAUAAAUAAGACAACAACAUAGGUUUGAGAGGAAAAAAAAAGUGAGAUACUCCUUUGUUAAAAUAUUCUUAUUCCUCCAUGUUAUUAAAGGAAAAAGAAAGAUCGAAGAAGAAGAAGAAACAUUCGCAAGAUUAGAUAUGGGUGGAUGCACAAGCAAGCAAGUGAGAGGAAAACGUAUGAAAAGUGUGAAGGAGACGUCGAAAGAGAAAAGCAGAGGAUCAAGAAGACCCAUGGUUAAAGAGAGAGAUGAGAGAGAGAAGGUGAUGUAUGCUCAGCUUAAAGAGGCGGAGAGAGAGUGGAGGAAAGAGAGGAAGAAGCUGAGAGAGGAAGUGAGGAGACUAAGGGAGAAACUUGAGGAGAGAGAGGAAGCAAAGACAACAACAACAACCACAGAGGAAAGAGAGUAUUGGAAGUGGGUAGUUGAGGAGAUGUGUGUAGAGAGAGCAGUGAGAGAUGAAGCCGUUGAGAAAUGGAAACAACUCUAUUUAGCUAUCAAGAAAGAGCUUGAUCAUCUCAUAAUCCACACGACUUCCUCUGGAGAAGCAAUAAUGCAAAUGAAACUUGAGAAAGAAGAAAAAGAAGAGGAAGAAAAAGAAGCAAAGACUGUUGAAGAUUUAAGAGAUGAAGUUAGAGUUAAAGAAGAGACAAUUGAGACACUAAAAGAGAAAAUAAGUUUGAUGGAUAGACAAAAGUACGAGAAAGAAAGAGAGAUUGACAUAUUGAGACAGAGUUUGAAGAUACUUGGAAGCAAAAAGAAGAAGAAGAAGAGGACAGUAUCAUUAGCAUCAAUGAAUCUGUUGAUAUGGAAGACCAAAUGUGUCGAAUGUACAUAAAACUCUUUUUGUCAAAUAGUCAUCUGCAAAAACAGUCAUAUCAGUACUCGUCAGAGAAUCUUGAUCCACAAUGUCAUAUUAUUAUUUAUUUCUCUUUUGGUUGUUUUACAAAGAGAAAUAUAUUUGGAAUAUAGUAAAAUUCAUAUCA